CAAACUGACAUCACUUCUUUCGAGCGCAAGCAAAAUCGAUCGUCACUGUUUUGGCUCCGCGCAAAAGAGUAAAAACGUAAAUAAAAACAAACCCUUUGGCAAGAAGCUCCUCCCAUCAUAAAAGAAAAAUAAAAUUCCGAUUUUGCGUUCAAAUUAACCGCUUUAGGAGCAAUAACGCUGUGCAGAAUAAUGUAGUGUCCACCACGAUGAGCGAGAACAAUCCCGGACGAGGCAACACACACAGUGGUUCCAGUUUCAAGCGACCCCGUCUGUUGUCCUUCCAGGGGCCCACUUCCGAAUCGGAGGUCGCCCUGAAUCACGGUCGCGGUCGCGUUCCGAUGGCCGCCGGCCCCUCGUCGAGUUCUCUGGAGGAAAUCAACGUACGGCAACCGGUGCUGGUGGAUAUGCGUCCGGGAAUGGCACCGGAUUUGGCCAGCUGGCAGGAGGCCCAGAUUGCGGCCUGCAUCGAGGACAACACCAUCAACAUGGUCCUGGAGCAGUAUUUGAACUUUUUCGAGACGCGUCAUUACGGCGGCGCGGAGGGACAAGCGGCGGCGGUUCCAGUUCCGGACCAUGAGGACAACGAUAUGCAACAGGAGGAGCAGGAAGUGGUACAAGGUUUGGAGGAUCGUGCAAUAAUGGCCGCAAUCAGCGAACGGGGGCUUCAACCUGUACAGUCCGGGGAAGAUGACGAUAUUGGGGAAGCGUCAGGAAUGGUGCCAGCUGGAGGUGUAGAGUCCCGUCGGAUGGAUUUGGACCAGCAGCAGGGCAUGGAUUUGCUCGAGACGGCCGUUGUGGCGGCGAUUCAGGAGAAGGGCUUGACUAGCAACCAGUUCGGCCAGAUGGACGAUGAUGACGAUGAUGAUGGGAGCUAGUGGAUUCGCUGAGGGGUCAAUUGAUACCUUAUCUGAUCAUGUUUCAUCAGAAAGAUUCAUAUAUACUUAUAAUAGGUUUAUAUAAAUAUAGGUGCAUAGCGUUCUCAUUACUAGACGGGUAGUCAUGGAUUAAUAUCGAAAAACGUCUCUAUAGAACCCAACACCCAAACAUUAGUAUUUACGACAUUUUUAUUUGCGAACGAUGACUUGCACAUGAUAUCUACAUUAUAAACUUUAGAAAUAAAAAGAAUAAACGUCGUACUAUAAUCAUA